AUGAAUAUAAAAAAAGUUGUGAAGUUAGCUGUAUCAUUAAACAUUGUAGAAAAUUUAUCAUUACUUGGACUGACUUAUUGGACAUCUUCUUAUAACUAUCCAUAUCAUGAAAUAUGUUUCAAGACAUUUGUUGGAACAUCUAUAUUCUAUAUGCUAUUCAUAUGCAUAUUACUUACCCAGUACCGCAGGAAGCCUCACAUGACAAACUUGGAGAGAAACUCUGUUAAAUUGAAAUGGAGAGCAUUUUUUGUUAAUGUUGUUUCAUUUGCUAUAGCAGCCUAUUUUUUUCUGAGACACAAUAGACUCUGUGAACCCUAUGUUUAUUCAAUGUUUGGAUUUUCUGAAUACAUUGUUGUGUUUAGCAAUAUUGCUUUCCACAUGACAACUGUAUAUGAUUUAAAAAGAAGACAUGUCUUCAUUAGUGCAAGAGGUGUUGUUAUAGAA